GUCCGUCUGCCGAGCGAGAGAGCAGUCGUCGCUCCGCGGCCCGGGAGUCAACACGCGAGUGACGAUGUCCGCGCGGUGACCGCGCCAUCUUUGACACGCAUUUCGGCGGGAAAUAUUCCCGCCAAUAAAACGGCAAAAUAUUUUCAGACGCAAAUAAGCUGGCGAACGGCAGCGGCGGCGGCCGCGGCCUGUUCUGCUACCAUUGCCCGCCGAGCCUGCCGCCGCAUCAGCACCGCCUGCCAACACUAGAAUACCCAUUCUCAGCUUCACACCCCUACACAAGCUAUUCCUACCACCCGGCGAUACACGAUGACACGUUCGUACGUCGCAAGCAGCGCCGGAACAGGACCACAUUCACGUUACAGCAGCUGGAGGAAUUGGAGACAGCUUUCGCUCAAACACAUUACCCUGAUGUCUUCACCCGAGAGGAUCUCGCUCUCAAGAUUAACCUCACCGAAGCCAGAGUACAGGUAUGGUUUCAAAACCGAAGAGCGAAAUGGCGGAAAGCGGAGCGCUUGAAAGAGGAACAAAGAAAGAGGGAAGGCGCUGAGGUGAUGGCGAAACGAGAUACUGCUGACGAUAAGGGUUCAUCGGAAUGCAUGUCUCGAGGGUCAGGCGAAGCGUCUCCGAUGUCAGGCGCAGCGUCUCCCCGAGCUUCGCCCCCUGUCACGCCAGGCUCACCACGUCGUUCGCCAUUACGCUCCCCACGCUCACCACGCCACUCGCCUAGCAGAUCGCCUAGGCUUGACAGGUCGGAGGCGGGAUGCUCACCAGCGCCAUCGGUAGGCAGCGCGGGUUCGCGAGACGCUGCACCCGACCCUCGGCCACAGCAUCACAUCUUCUCACCCUUCGAACAUUCUGGUGCAUUCCGGUCGUCUGGAGGCGAGCAGGCGCCCGCGCCCCCCGCGCCUCCGCUCUUCCUACCUCCACACCUCUCGCAUCUUUCACACCACCUCAACCAACUGUCGCAGCCGUUCUUCCCAUUAAAAGGUUGGGGCGCCCCAUGUCCCUGCUGUCCUAAAGAGGAAGCACGUUCCUCGAGCGUGGCGGAGUUACGUCGUAAAGCACAUGAGCAUUCCGCAGCUUUACUGCACUCGCUGGCGAGCUUCCAGUCGCGGGCGCUGCUGCCGCUGCCUCUGCCGCCGCUGCCGCUGCCCUUGCCGCUACUGCCUCACGACUCAAACCCGCCGACAAACAACGAACACAAAAUUAUGGAGUAAGGAUUGUUUUGCAGCCCGGAGUUUAUUUCUUUGAUAAAAUCCUAUACUUUGUGUACUGUAGACCGGUACGAUAUAGGAGAAAGGACAGUGUCGCGGCUUUAACAAUUUUUUGUCUUGCUAUUAUGACCAUGAAAUUGUACUCUUAUUUACUUUAUUGAACUCGUCGGUGUGAAAACCUUAUAUGAUAUUUAUAUCUUUUGUUUCAUAU